CCAGGCACUGUUUAUGCAUUUCCGUAAUUCUUCUCACAUUGUUGGGACAAGCGGUAUUACCAUUCCAUCCUAUACAUGAAGAACCUGAGGUGGAGCGGUCUGGUAACUUGCUCAAUGUCACACCGCUAGUUGGUUUAAACAGUCAAUAUUUGAAAAUCAGUAUCUUGUCUACAUCCAGCAGCGACCAAUCAACAUAUUCUGGCAGGGCGGCCUCCCCCGGAAGCCAGAAGCGCUCCGCCCCGCCUCUUGUUUCUCUAAAGCCGAGUUUCCAAGGGAGUCAGAGGAAGUCGCCCGGCGCCCACACUUAGCGCGGCCGGCGCCCCUCGUGGGCAGCCUGCUAAAGCCGAGGGUGAAACUGGCGGAAGUGACGUUAUCAACGCGCGCCCCGAGUCCUGUGGGAUCGGGAAGGGUCGCCGUGGCGGGCGCCUGGGCCGCUGGGCGCUGAACUUCGUUUUCUCCGACCGGUAGUCGUCUCUGCAGUGACUCCAGCAGCACCACCGUUUCUUGGUGUCCACGAAGAUAACCCAUAGAGCUGAGGAAGUCGCCAAGAAUAGUGUGCUGGGGAUGCUCUAGGAAAAGACUGAAUGCUGAGGCAAUUUCUAGUCCAAAGGUUUUUGAUUUGCCAAGAAGGUGAACGUCAUGGAUCAGAACAACAGCCUCCCACCUUAUGCUCAGGGCCUGGCCUCCCCUCAGGGUGCCAUGACUCCUGGAAUCCCUAUCUUUAGUCCAAUGAUGCCUUACGGCACAGGACUGACUCCACAGCCUAUUCAGAACACCAACAGUCUGUCUAUUUUGGAGGAGCAGCAACGGCAGCAGCAGCAGCAGCAACAGCAGCAGCAGCAGCAGCAGCAACAGCAGCAGCAGCAGCAGCAGCAGCAGCAGCAGCAGCAGGCGGCAGUGGCAGCCGUCCAGCAGUCGACGUCCCAGCAGGCAACCCAGGGGCCCUCGGGCCAGACACCACAGCUCUUCCACUCACAGACUCUUACGACUGCACCCUUGCCGGGCACCACUCCCUUAUACCCCUCCCCCAUGACCCCCAUGACCCCCAUCACCCCUGCCACACCAGCCUCAGAGAGCUCCGGGAUCGUGCCGCAGCUGCAAAAUAUUGUAUCCACAGUGAAUCUUGGUUGUAAACUUGACCUAAAGACCAUUGCACUUCGGGCCCGAAAUGCUGAGUAUAAUCCCAAGCGGUUUGCAGCUGUCAUCAUGAGAAUAAGAGAGCCCCGCACCACCGCACUGAUAUUCAGCUCUGGGAAGAUGGUGUGCACGGGAGCCAAGAGUGAAGAACAGUCUAGACUAGCAGCAAGAAAGUAUGCCAGAGUUGUGCAGAAAUUGGGUUUUCCAGCUAAGUUCCUGGACUUCAAGAUUCAGAACAUGGUGGGGAGCUGUGAUGUGAAGUUCCCUAUAAGGUUAGAAGGCCUUGUGCUAACCCACCAACAAUUCAGUAGUUAUGAGCCGGAGUUAUUUCCUGGUUUAAUCUACAGAAUGAUCAAACCGAGAAUUGUUCUCCUUAUUUUUGUUUCUGGGAAAGUUGUAUUAACAGGUGCUAAAGUCAGAGCAGAAAUUUAUGAAGCCUUUGAGAACAUCUACCCUAUUCUGAAGGGUUUCAGGAAGACGACGUAAUGGCUGCUGUGUUCUCCUGCCUCCCCCACCCACUUUUUUUUUGUUUUAAACCAAUCGGUUUUGGUACACUCAGUGGUGGUGUGGACGGCCCCACGUGGUAGAGGAUGGGCGUCUGGUUGUAGGGUGCAGCACCAGGUGAAGCUCUUCCACGUGUGCCCCCAUGGGGUGCCGGAGGGGUGUUGUUUCUGCACAGAGAACACCAGAGCGUCCCUGUAAGUGGCUCAAACUGUGCUGCUAUACGGGCAGUGCUGCCUGUUAUUUAUAUUUAGAUUUUAAACACUUACUGCUGUUGGCAAGUUGGUUUAAGGGACAAAACUAAGUGUUAAAGCCACCUCAACAAUUGAUUGGACUUUAUUUUGUUUAAUUUCUUCCCCAUAAACCACAGUUUUUAUAUUUCUACCAGAAAAGUAAAACUCUUUUUUAAAAGUGUUGUUUUCUAAUUUGUAACUCCUGAGGGUUAUUUUUGUGCCAGACACAUUCCGCCUUUUCAGUAUUGCAGGACAGAAUAGAAAUGUAUUAAUGAAAACAAAUGGCUGUACAUAUUUUUCUUCCUUCAGAGUACUCUGUACAAUAAAUGCUGUUUAUAAAAGUGUUAGAUUGAUGUUGUAAAUGAAACUUUGUAAGAUUCAUGUGAUCAUGCUGUUAAAAACAUUGUAUUUUAGAUAUAAUGCGUGAAACCA